UUAGGAGGGGGGGAAGGGAACGACGAGAGGCGGCCAUGGGGAGGACUCCCUGCUGCGACAGCAAGGCGCUCAAGAAAGGGCCGUGGACGCCGGACGAGGACAAGCUCCUCGUCGACUACGUCCAGGCCAACGGCUCCGGCAACUGGCGCAUGCUCCCCAAGCUCGCCGGGCUGAACCGGUGCGGCAAGAGCUGCAGGCUCCGGUGGACGAACUACCUGCGGCCGGACAUCAAGCGCGGGCCUUUCACCCCCGAGGAGCACAAGUCCAUCCUCCAGCUCCACGCCAUCGUCGGCAACAAGUGGUCCAUGAUCGCGGCGCAGCUGCCUGGCCGGACGGACAACGAGAUCAAGAACUACUGGAACACCAACGUCAAGAAGCAGCUCCGUCAGGGCCAUUCGGCCGCCGUCGGCGAGCAGGCCGCACUAGCGAGCCUCGGCGGCGGCGCAACCAGCUGCCCCGCGGCUCGCCACAUGGCCCAGUGGGAGACUGCACGCCUCGAGGCCGAGGCGCGCCUCUCCCUCCUGUCCAGCACUACCUCCGCCGCGACCGCCAGCUUCGCCGCCUCCUCGUCCUCCUCGUCGACAGUUGCGGCCGGUGCCGACCACGUCACGGAGGCGCCGCCGGACAUCUACCUUCGCCUCUGGAACUCCGAGGUCGGGGACUCCUUCCGCAAGUCCGCACUCUCGGCGGGGCGCGAGGAAGAGCCGGUGAACGCAUCCGACGAAGCGGUGCCGGUGUCCGCGUUCGCGCCGCCCGGCGACGACUCCUCGGCAGUGUCCAACGUGACCGCGUCCGCGGGUGCGGACGAGUACCAGGUGUUCCUGGACCUGGCGGCCGAGGAGCUCGAGCUGUCGUCGUUCCAUGGCCGGCACGGCGGGUUCCCGCUCUUCCCCUCGGCCGACAUGCUCGGCGACGCCUCCCUCUACACCGCGUUCGACUAAAGCUCAUGAUCAGAUCAAAUGGCUAACGUACGUGUACGUGCGUGCCGCGCUAAUUCAUGCGUACGUGUACGUACAUACGUACACAAGACACACAGGCGCCAGCUUUGCCUGCGUGUCUUGUGUCGCCGUGGCGUAUGUACGUAGGUGUACCGUGAUGACGCGUGCAUGACCGUACGCCUCUAGCUAGGGCAGCUGGAGUUUUUUUUUUGCGACUGCCCUAGAGCAAGUAUACCAGCGUGGUGGUGACGACGACGAUGAUGUAGACUUGUCAAACUCUUCUCUCUUUUUUUUUUCAUUUUGUGCAAACAGAUCAGCGUCUUCCGUGUUUUGUUGAUUAGACAAGUAAUCGGCGCGUUGUGAAGUGUGCCACCAUUUGGUGUUGUAUUUUCAAGUAUGCGUACGCGCAGAGUAGCGUACCGUGCUGCAUGUCGUCAUGUUUCACUGUGCCUGCAGCAAAG